GCCGCCCCGCCCCGCGCCGGGCAGCUUUGUCUCCGGCCUCGCGCUCCCAGCUCGGCUCUCCGGCGUCGCGGCCCAGCUCGGCCCGUCCGCAGGCGCCGCGCGGGGCCCGAGCGCCAUGGUGUGAGCGCCCGCGCACGGCCCCCGCCCCGCCCCGGCCUCGCUGGCGGACCCCGGCCGACCCUCUCCCGACGCCCGGCCUGGGCGAACGGAAAAUGGCGAACGACUCCCCGGCGAAAAGUCUGGUGGACAUCGACCUCUCCGCCCUGCGGGACCCGGCCGGCAUCUUCGAGCUGGUGGAAGUGGUCGGCAAUGGCACUUACGGACAAGUCUAUAAGGGUCGACAUGUUAAAACAGGUCAGCUGGCGGCCAUCAAAGUUAUGGACGUUACUGAGGAUGAAGAGGAAGAAAUCAAACUGGAGAUAAAUAUGCUGAAGAAAUAUUCUCAUCAUAGAAAUAUCGCCACAUACUACGGUGCUUUCAUUAAAAAGAGCCCCCCUGGACAUGACGACCAGCUCUGGCUGGUGAUGGAGUUCUGUGGGGCGGGGUCCAUCACAGACCUGGUGAAGAAUACCAAGGGGAACACGCUCAAGGAGGACUGGAUCGCGUAUAUCUCCAGAGAGAUCCUGAGGGGCCUGGCGCAUCUUCACAUCCAUCAUGUGAUUCACCGGGACAUCAAGGGCCAGAACGUGCUGCUGACCGAGAACGCAGAGGUGAAGCUCGUCGAUUUCGGAGUAAGCGCUCAGUUGGACAGGACUGUGGGGAGGAGAAACACAUUCAUAGGCACCCCCUACUGGAUGGCUCCUGAGGUCAUCGCCUGCGACGAGAACCCAGAUGCCACCUAUGACUACAGAAGCGACCUGUGGUCCUGCGGCAUCACCGCCAUCGAGAUGGCGGAAGGCGCUCCCCCUCUCUGUGACAUGCAUCCAAUGAGAGCACUGUUUCUCAUUCCCAGAAACCCUCCUCCCCGGCUGAAGUCAAAAAAAUGGUCAAAGAAAUUUUUUAGUUUUAUAGAAGGGUGCCUGGUGAAGAACUACAUGCAGCGGCCCUCCACAGAGCAGCUUUUGAAACAUCCUUUCAUAAGGGACCAGCCAAAUGAGAGGCAAGUGAGAAUCCAGCUUAAGGACCAUAUAGACCGGACCAGGAAGAAGAGAGGAGAGAAAGAUGAAACGGAGUACGAGUACAGCGGCAGUGAGGAGGAAGAGGAAGAGGUGCCUGAGCAGGAAGGAGAGCCGAGCUCCAUUGUGAACGUGCCUGGGGAGUCCACGCUGCGCCGCGACUUCCUGCGGCUGCAGCAGGAGAACAAGGAGCGCUCGGAGGCUCUGCGGAGACAGCAGCUGCUUCAGGAGCAGCAGCUGCGGGAGCAGGAGGAGUAUAAAAGGCAGCUGCUGGCCGAGAGGCAGAAACGGAUUGAGCAGCAGAAGGAGCAGCGACGGCGGCUGGAAGAGCAACAAAGGAGAGAGCGUGAGGCUAGAAGGCAGCAAGAACGUGAGCAGCGAAGGAGAGAACAAGAAGAGAAGAGGCGGCUAGAGGAACUGGAGAGAAGGCGGAAAGAGGACGAGGAGCGGAGGCGGGCCGAGGAAGAGAAGAGGAGAGUUGAAAGAGAGCAGGAGUAUAUCAGGCGGCAGCUAGAAGAGGAGCAGCGGCACCUGGAAAUGCUUCAGCAGCAGCUGCUCCAGGAGCAGGCCCUGUUACUGGAGUGCCGCUGGCGGGAGCUGGAGCAGCACCGGCAGGCAGAGAGGCUCCAGAGGCAGUUGCAACAAGAACAAGCCUAUCUCCUGUCUCUACAGCAUGACCACCGGAGGCCACACCCACAGCCGCCGCCCCAGGAGCGGAGCAAGCCCAGCUACCACGCCCCGGAGCCCAGGCCCCACUACGAGCCCGCCGACCGAGCGCGAGAGGUGGAAGAUAGGUUUAGGAAAACUAACCACAGCUCCCCGGAGGCCCAGGCUAAGCAGACAGGCAGAGUGCUGGAGCCACCCGUGCCUUCCAGAUCAGAGUCUUUUUCCAGCGGCAGCGCCGAGCCUAUGCACCCCGCCCUGCAGAGACCAGCUGAGCCCCAGGUACAGUGGUCCCACCUGGCAUCUCUCAAGAACAAUGUUUCCCCUGUCUCGAGAUCCCAUUCCUUCAGUGACCCUUCUCCUCCCAAAUUUGCACACCACCAUCUUCGCUCUCAGGACCCAUGUCCACCUUCCCGCAGUGAGGCGCUCAGUCAGAGUUCUGACUCUAAGUCGGAGUCGCCUGACCCCGCCCAAAAGGCUUGGUCUAGAUCAGACAGUGACGAGGUGCCUCCAAGGGUUCCUGUGAGAACAACAUCUCGCUCCCCUGUGCUGUCCCGUCGGGAUUCCCCGCUGCAGGGCAGUGGGCAGCAGAAUAGCCAAGCUGGGCAGAGAAACUCCACCAGCAGCAUCGAGCCCCGGCUGCUGUGGGAGAGAGUGGAAAAGCUGGCGCCCAGGCCUGGCAGCGGAAGCUCUUCAGGAUCCAGCAACUCGGGAUCCCAGCCCGGCUCGCAUCCUGGCUCUCAGAGCGGCUCUGGGGAGCGCUUCCGAGUGAGAUCAUCAUCCAAAUCUGAAGGCUCCUCGUCUCAGCGCCUUGAAAAUGCAGCAAAAAAACCUGAGGACAAAAGAGAAGUGUUCAGACCUCUGAAGCCUGCGAGUGAAGUGGACCUGACUGCACUGGCCAAAGAGCUGCGAGCAGUGGAGGACGUGCGGCCGCCGCACAAGGUGACGGACUACUCCUCGUCCAGCGAGGAGUCGGGGACGACGGACGAGGAAGACGACGAAGUGGAGCAAGAAGGGGCCGGGGAGCCCAUGUCCGGACCAGAGGACACCAGAGCAGCUAGGUCAUCUCUGAAUUUGAGCAAUGGGGAGACAGAAUCCGUGAGAACCAUGAUUGUCCAUGACGAUGUGGAGAGUGAGCCAGCCAUGACCCCGUCCAAGGAGGGCACGCUGAUUGUCCGCCAGAGUACAGUUGACCAAAAGCGAGCCAGCCAUCAUGAGAGCAAUGGCUUUGCCGGGCGCAUUCACCUCUUGCCAGAUCUCUUACAGCAAAGCCAUUCCUCCUCCACUUCCUCCACCUCCUCCUCCCCAUCUUCCAGCCAGCCGACACCCACCAUGUCCCCACAGACACCCCAGGACAAGCUCACUGCUAAUGAGACUCAGUCCGCUAGUAGCACACUCCAGAAACACAAAUCCUCCUCCUCCUUUACACCUUUUAUAGACCCCCGAUUACUGCAGAUCUCUCCAUCUAGUGGCACCACAGUGACUUCCGUGGUGGGAUUUUCCUGUGAUGGAAUGAGACCGGAAGCCAUAAGGCAAGAUCCUACCCGGAAGGGCUCAGUGGUCAAUGUGAAUCCUACCAACACUAGGCCACAGAGCGACACUCCGGAGAUCCGCAAAUACAAGAAGAGGUUUAACUCUGAGAUCCUGUGUGCUGCCUUGUGGGGAGUGAAUUUGUUGGUGGGGACAGAAAGUGGCCUGAUGCUGCUGGACAGAAGUGGCCAAGGGAAGGUAUAUCCUCUGAUCAACCGAAGACGAUUUCAGCAAAUGGAUGUCCUCGAAGGCUUGAAUGUUUUGGUGACAAUAUCUGUAAAAUAUGAAAGAAUCAAGUUUCUCGUAAUUGCUUUGAAGAGUUCGGUGGAAGUUUAUGCGUGGGCACCCAAGCCAUACCACAAGUUCAUGGCCUUUAAGUCGUUCGCGGACCUGGCGCACCGGCCGCUGCUGGUGGACCUCACGGUGGAGGAGGGCCAGAGGCUGAAGGUGAUCUACGGGUCCUCCGCCGGCUUCCACGCCGUGGACGUGGAUUCGGGAUCCGUCUACGACAUUUAUCUGCCGACACACAUCCAGUGCAGCAUCAAGCCCCACGCGAUCAUCAUCCUGCCCAACACCGACGGCAUGGAGCUGCUGGUGUGCUACGAGGACGAGGGCGUCUACGUGAACACUUACGGCCGCAUCACCAAGGACGUGGUGCUGCAGUGGGGCGAGAUGCCCACCUCCGUCGCUUACAUCCGGUCCAACCAGACGAUGGGCUGGGGCGAGAAGGCCAUCGAGAUCCGGUCUGUGGAGACCGGCCACCUGGACGGCGUGUUCAUGCACAAGAGGGCUCAGAGGCUGAAAUUCCUGUGUGAGCGCAACGACAAGGUGUUCUUUGCUUCCGUGCGGUCGGGCGGCAGCAGCCAGGUCUACUUCAUGACGUUGGGCAGGACCUCCCUCCUGAGCUGGUAGAGCCACGGCCGGUGCCGCCGGCUUCAGACGAGGGCUCGGCAGCGCGGCCGGAGCCGCGUGCCCAGCAGCAGGACGCCGGCAGCAGGACCGGACCCUGCGCGGACCCGCGGCCCUCCUUCCUGCUCUCCCUGCCAGUUUGUCCCCAACCUUUCUAAACGUUUUUCUUUAAAAAUAAAUCAGGCUGCAAUGCAGCUGGUGCUGUUCAGACUCUACCGUCAGGUGCUAUAGUGUUUGGGAUCGAGCAUCAGACAGACCAGAAAGCAGACACCGUCCUCCAGCCAGAAGCCUCGGAGUGACUGCGCGUCUGUGGCGCCGGGCGGGCACGGUGGCCGGUGGGGUCUCAGUGAGCAGGUUGCAGAGGCGAGAGCGCAUUUGCUAGCGUAACAUUAACAAUGUAUUUAAUUGACCUUUCUUUUUGUAAUGUGACAAUAUGUGGACAAAGAGGAAGGGGCAGGUGUAAGAAGUUAAUAUUUAUAAAAUGUGAAGACAGUGACUAGGUAACUUUUGUGGGUGGGUCUGGGGAGGCGGGGGGGUGGGUGAAGGGUCCCAUUUUGUUUCUUGCAUAAUUUGUUGGUUUCGCCGAGAGCGCGGUCAUUUCUCUGUGCCAGGUUUUGCCUGUAUCGUGUGCAGGUGGUUCUGGAGAAGAAAAAGGAAACGUGUGCUUCCGUGCCGUGGCCAGAACUUCGCUGCGUGACGGUCAGCGCUGCCUCCGCUGACGGCUGGUUCUGUUAAACCCAGAUGUGUGUCAGGCUUUACCCCGUCUGCACUUGCAGAGGAAAAAAAUGUUUUCAACCACGUUUGUUUGUUUUCCUACCUCAUUGUUUUUAAUGCAUUAAGAGGUGGUUUAGUUUCUAUGGUCUUGGAGGAAAACAUUAAUGCUUAACUUAAUCUUGACACCAAACGAUCAGGGUGAAGUCUGGCCGCGUGUGGGCACAGGGGUCGGCAGGCACCGCGCUCGUGGUGGGCCGCUGUCCCCGGACCAGCGCCCCGCCCUGUGCAGGCGGGCGGGCAGCCGACGGGCAUCGGCUGAGCGGGCACACCGACUGUCCGGGCUGCAGGGCCUCUGGCUGGGGCUCAGCCGCCUGAGGCGCCGGGCGCCGGCCCGCCUCGGGAGCGUGGAAAUCCUGCCGUGCCGUGCGUGAACGCGGCGUCCCGGGCUCCCGGCACAUGGCAGAGCCCGGCUUCUGCUCUCUCACCCUCUGUUCUGUGUCUUUUAAACCAACUUCACUUCAUGAACAUGCUCAUGGCAUUUGUGAUAAUGUCUUGGGUAAUCUUUUGUUCCUGGCUUCCUGUCACUGUUCCUCUGAGGGUGUCAGCGGGAAAGAGCCACGCUCGGCCGUGGCCGGGCGCCGUGCUGCCAGGCUGCAGAGCUAACCCACGACACUCGGGUUUGAGUUGAACAGAAUUGAAUUCGUUGCUGGGCCUUGGGUGCCAGCUCAGCUGGCCACUGGUCCCUGCGGGUGGGUUGGUAUGUACGCUCCGCGGCUGUGGGGUCACCGCCAGGGCCUUGUCAGUCAGACUUGCUACAGCUUGAAGCAGGUGCCCAAUUGGGUUUUUCCAUAAAAGAUUGUGAACUGUUAGAAUUGCAUUCUUCUAGAGAAGGGAUGAUUUUGUUCCUUUAAAGGGUGAUUCACAGAAGUGCCAAGAUGGCGGAAUUACAAAGGAAAGCAGUAUUAUGGCGCUCCCGUCAAAUGGGGGGCCCGACGCGGGUGCGGAGCCUGCACACCAGCGCCCGCCGGGCCGGCCUGCGCGGGUCGGCUCCGCAUGCGGGCGGUGCUCCCUCCGUUCUCGCACACAUUGUGUUGGAGAGGAUGUUUACAAAAAGGGGUUUGCUACACUAACGUGCAUCACAUAUUUAUGGGUUAUUUUUAAUUGACUUUUUUAAUGGGUUAUUUAGGUUUUUGCACUAGUUAUAGUUCACUCUUGGAUCCAUGAUCCCUAAUUUUGCCAGUUAUCAGUGUGCUGACCGGCCACAGCGGAUUCGCCAGCCGCACAGCUGCACGGCGGGCCGGGCGCAGCCUUCUCUUCCGUGCUAACUUCUGUGAAUUAUGAGAAUUACUGUUGUUCCCCGUUUUUUCUAUUAAAUAAAGUAAAAAUGACACCU